AUCCUUUUUUUCCGCAGCUUUAAGUCAAAACCUAAUCGGCAUCCGUAGGUUGGUGACGUCACGGGCCAGUAACAUGGCGGCUCACUUCGAACGUAUGAGUUCAAUUGAUUUCAACAAAACGGAGAUUUUGCGAACAUAACACAUCAUCAGCUGCGGUGCAUUCGCUCCUCCAGUCAUCCCCGGAGCAGAAUAAUGCUAACCGGGACUGUUGCUGUUAGGGAGAGCCAUGUCAGCGCCGGGGACCGAUGCUGCUGCUGCCGCUACUACUGCUGCUGCUGGCAGCCCUGAGUUCUCUGUGCGGUGGAGGAGGAUCGUUCAAAAUGAAUGCAACCAAACACCGGGGACGUCACCUACGCGCAACGAUCUGCAGAGUCGUCGGAUUAGAAACGGCAGCAGAUUACCCGGCUCUAAUAUUGCAGGGUCUCCAGGAGAUGAAGUUGUUUCACAGGACAUUUUCUGGGAUAGCACAUCCCCCAGUUGGACUGGCUCAGGAAACGGCAACAGCAGAGCCGUGGAGAUCUCUGAUAUCGUUAACCGCAUCGCUCCGAAGAAUAUAAAACCCCAAGGGACUGAAUCCUCCUUGCUCCACUGGAUCGACGAUGGGCCGAUCUGCACACCUGAAAAUCCGAAGCCACGGGUCAGGAAGAGGUCCUCUCGGCACAGCAGCGUGAAGGACCUCAUGGAACUUGCCAAGCAGUUUGAUAAAAACAUGCAGCAAGACGAGGAGACCUCCGUCCAGCCGAGGGCCGUCACCAGUAAACUCCAUAAGGCUGGGAGCGCCUCUGAUGACGACGCCACCGAUCCAAAGUGUCCGUCCACGCUGGAGCAGGCGGAGGCAGAGCUGCGCGCUCUCUUUGACUCGUCCACGCAGGGCGUCAGCCGGCGGCUGAGCGAGGCGUCGGCCUCUUCACAGGACAGAAGGGACCGACCUGAGACAUCUGCCUCGGCUGACCGCAGACAGUCAGAGGCAGAACCCGCCGACAAGCUGGCUGCAAAUAAGUUAGUGGAGUUUGAGGAUGAGUGGGACAGUGACGACCUACUCAGCGACUCCUUGAUUCAGGCUCUGUCGCAGGAUCCAAACGGUCCGCUGGAGGCCAACCCUAAGACGGCAGGGAGGUCUCACACAGACACUACAAAUAUGGACCCUGCACAUAAGCCCUUAGAGAACCUCUGCAAGACGAGCUUCAGUUCGCUGCAGGAACUGUGUCCCAAACCCAAAACGAAAAACCGAAGUACCUUUAAGCUGGAACCCAACCCUCACUUCCAGACCAUACUGGAUAAGGAAGCGUCAAAGUCCAGCUUCACUGUUCUAAAACCCAAACCGGAGAGCCCAGAGCAGAAUCCCGCCACCGGAAAGACCGUCUCCAACCCCCAGCCAGACGAAGUCACCAACUUGGUAACGUUUUUUUUGGAGGACCCUCCGGUUAAAGACGUUUCCGACAGUUUAUGGGACAACGGCGAUUAUGAUGCCUUCCUCUACCAGGUAUGUGACAGCAUGGAAAAUAUUUACAGCAGCCAGCCGAACCAAGUGAGUCCAAGAAACUGCGAGGAAAAACCACCAAAGGGGCCUACAGGCAGCAGACACCAGAACACUACAGAUCUUUACGCCAACGCAGAACGCCCCGGGAGCUCUGGCUCAAACAGGCGAUCGUCGGCUUCUUUUGUUCGCUCAAACUCUCUACCGGUGGCUACGCGUGAAACUGGAAACUACCAAGGAUGGAGCCUCCCUUUGAGAGGCGCCGACCACAAAUCAGGCAUUUCUCAAAGCUUCCCGGGCGGUCACGUUGGUCUGGAAGCGUUUAAUCAGGGUAGGGAUGCCUCCAGAGCGUUUCAGGCUGAGAGUGGCCGUGUGGGAACGAAGCCUCAUACGACGGCGACCGGACUCCCCCAGAACUCCAAGUCCCGUCAUGCAGCGUUCAAGAGAAACCUGUCCUGCUCAGCCAUCAUCAGCGACAAAGUGUUUGUCACCAGCCAGACUACAGAAAAGUGCUCUGCAGCUGAGAUCGAGAGGAAGAAGCAGAUGGCUCUGGCGAGGAGGCGGCUGAAAAUGCAAAGCACUUUAAAACCGUAGAGGAGCUCCAUCUAACUCACAACAUCACAACAUUGCAACAAGCAAACCAGUUAAUUAAAUCAUUUCAAGCCUGUGGUGGCCUUGUUUUAGGAAAAUAAGUGUUUUUGUUUUCAUCUUGGUAUAAGGGAGUCAGUGUUCAUAGUUCAGAUUUCUCUUGACUCUCCACCUGAAAUAGUUCAUGCUAAAGGAAAGGAAACAGCUGCUGAUGGAAAAUGAAUUCUACAGUUCACAGAGAGCUCAUGACAUACAGAUUUUCAUGACACCGACUCAAGGAAUAAUUUACACCCGAGUCAGAGAAACAGACUGAAACUGUACAUAUCUGUUUUCAUUUCAGCUUUCUGAACCCACCUGGGUCAGUUCCAUGUUGAUUUUGUUCAUACCUGAAUCCGUCUAUCUCCUAGUUCUGGAACAUGAGAAAUGAAAACGCUGUUCAGAUAAUGUUAUCCAUCGCUCAGUUUAUGGGAUGGUUUCCGCUGUAUCCCAGUGUUUGAAACUGUUUUUGUUUCAUACGUUUUAUCAGGUAGCAAUCAAACUAGAUACAUACCAGGUGCAUAACAAUGUAACAGAAGCCGGGAGAAAAGCUUGAAGACAUGUCAAAGUCUGUUUUAGACGAUAUGUGGUUGAUUUUGAUUAAAAAAAAUAUUUUUGCUUUGAUCCAGCAUAAA